AUUCCGUUGCGUGUGGUCUCUCCCCUGAAGGUGGAUAAGGUUCAUAUCAAGCUCUCCGAUUCUACCAAAACCAUCGUUGAUAGUCCCCUCGCAUUCCCUGGAAGUCGGUAUUCAGAGAUUCUUCAACUUCAACACGGCUAUCGUCUUCGCCUCACCUUCGUUCUUGAAGAUGGUGUUGCCGCUGGGACAACAGUCGCACCACCACCGCCACCACCUCAACAAGUCUUCAUCCAAUUGACUCAUAACACCACACUUCAGUCUGUCACGUACAUUGCAAGACGAUCGACUGUUGAUGGGACUUAUGCCUUCACUCUGAGUUUGGAUGCAGCUGUCGAAGACUUCAAUCGUGUCUCUGGUAUGUACAAGAUGGAGGUACUUAUCGGAGAUUCUUUAGUGGAAUCGCCUAUUGUUUGGCAUGUGGUUGACGUCGAUCUCCGCUUCCCUCUGAACGAGGACUUCCUCGUCCCUUCGUCUCAGUUAGUCUCUGAAGACGUUGCCCGACUAACGGUAGCUUCGACCUCCGGUCGUAAACGUGCUGUCCACCCUCUAAUUGGUGAUGUGCCCAGCACUACCAAGCCCUUGCUGGAACAUACAUUCCGCACUCCAGAACCUCGUCCCUCCGAUGUGGUUGCAUUCACUUUCACCGGACUUUGCUGUGCUCCCCUCCUCAUCCUUAUUUUUGCUGUAGGUUUGGUUUUCAAUGCUUCUUAUAUUUUGGGCUUGUGGGCUUAUAACUGA